AUGCAGAUCUACUUCGGUAAGACGGCCAAUGUGACCGGGGUGGUCAUCAGUGGAGGGGGCUUUGCCAGGAUGAUGGACAGUUGGGUGACGUCAUUCACUCUGGCCUUCAGUAUGGACGGCGUGGCGUGGACGCCGUACGGAGACAGCGGCGGUGACGUACAGGUGUUUCAAGGAAACAGAGACCCAUACAACCAGGUGAGCCGUCCCCUGGAUCACCCUGUGACGUCACGCUACAUCCGGCUGUACCCCACCGGUUACCGAGGCUGGGGUGCCCUGAGAAUGGAGGUGUACGUCACAAACGACGAAGACACUUGGUUACAGCGGGGAGAAUACUCUUCUUUGGUGGUGGACCCGGAUCCCUUACAUCCCCGGAUGUUCAAGCGGGUUCCUGACUACAGCGCCUCUUCGCGUGUUGAUGCGUUCUACCCGCACCAGGCACGUCUGAACAACGGGAGGGGUCAGCAACAGGGAGCCUGCUGGUCUCCGGGUAAUCACACGCGCGGUGAACAUUGGUUGCAGAUCACCCAUGGCGUGUUGUACCGAGUGGCCGGCGUCAUCACACAGGGGGCUUACAACAUGGACGCCUGGGUGACGUCAUAUAGGUUAGAGUUCAGUAUGGACGGCCAAAUAUGGACAACAUACAAAAACAGUGAUGGCGAAGCGAAGGUGUUCCAAGGCAACACAGACAACUAUCGCUAUGCACGCAAUAUUCUGGACAACCCAGUAUUUGCACUCUAUACUCGCUUCAUCCCAAUAACAUUCCACAACCAAAUCGCACUUCGAGCAGAGGUAUUGGUCAUGCAAGGGUGUGCGGCCCAGGAGGUGUUCUGUGAUGGGAGGUGCCAAGCAAAGGGACGACUCUGUUUGGUACUUGGGCGAUGCGUACCACGCCAGUUCCAGUAUGAAGACAAGCCUAUUUGUGAGGAAAUACUACAAGCAACGUGCGGAACGGAAUCAACACUCAAAUUUGAUGAGCUCGAGUGUUCGGUGAAUCAAAUUCUGAACGUUAUUUUUUACCCGUCUUUGCAGAAAUCGACAACCAGUUCAACCAAUGUCAAUAUGCCCUUGAGGACUUCGAAUUCGAUCGUCCGGGUCCAGUCGACAUUAGACCCGGAUCCGAACCGGGUCUCUCCGGCGGCGUGGCCCGGUCUCCCCGGUGGCUUUGAGUCCGCACCCGGUCUCUCCGGUGGCUUUGAGUCCGCACCCGGUCUCUCCGGUGGCUUUGAGUCCGCACCCGGUCUCUCCGGUGGCUUUGAGUCCGCACCCGGUCUCUCCGGUGGCUUUGAGUCCGCACCCGGUCUCCCUGAUGGCUUUGAGUCCGCACCCGGUCUCUCCGGUGGCCUUGAGUCCGCAUCCGGUCUCUCCGGUGGCUUUGAGUCCGCACCCGGUCUCUCCGGUGGCUUUGAGUCCGCACCCGGUCUCCCUGAUGGAUUUGAGUCCGCACCCGGUCUCUCCGGUGGCUUUGAGUCCGCACCCGGUCUCUCCGGUGGCUUUGAGUCCGCACCCGGUCUCUCCGGUGGCUUUGAAUCCGCACCCAGUCUUUCCGGUGGCUUUGAGUCCGAACCUGGUCUUUCCGGCGGCUUUGAAUCCGCACCCGGUCUCUCCGGUGGUUUUGAGUCCUCAUCCGGUCUCUCCGGUGGCUUUGAGUCCGCACCCGGUCUCUCCGGUGGCUUUGAGUCCGCACCCGGUCUUUCCGGUGGCUUUGAAUCCGCACCCGGUCUUUCCGGUGGCUUUGAGUCCGCACCCGGUCUGUCCGGUGGCUUUGAGUCCGCACCCGGUCUGUCCGGUGGCUUUGAGUCCGCACCCGGUCUCUCCGGCGGCUUUGAGUCCGCACCCGGUCUCUCCGGUGAUAUUGAGUCCGCACCCGGUCUUUCCGGUGGCUUUGAGUCCGCACCCGGUCUCUCCGGCGGCUUUGAGUCCGCACCCGGUCUCUCCGGUGAUAUUGAGUCCGCACCCGGUCUCUCCGGUGGCUUUGAGUCCGCACCCGGUCUUUCCGGUGGCUUUGAGUCCGCACCCGGUCUCCCUGGUGGCUUUGAAUCCGCACCCGGUCUCUCCGCCGAAUCCGGAAUCUCCGGUGGCUUUUUGGAGUCAGAGGGAACGACUGAAAAGUACCACUACAUCCAGGCUUGCGACGGCAUAUAUGACUGCUCAAACAGAAAGGACGAACAAAACUGUGAAGAAAUGGAAUGCGUUCUGCGGUGUGAGACAGAGUCAGGUGACCCGUGCAUCCCCAAGAGAUGGAUAUGUGACAACACUGCAGACUGCCUGGAUGGAGAGGACGAACAAGGUUGCAGCAAUGAGAAAGCAUCCAUUGGGUGUUUUUUCAAGUGCUUGUCCGGGGCCUUCAUCGUUACCGAGAUUUGUGUCCCGCCACACCAGCUAGGGGACGGGCAGGAGGACUGUGGACUUGGUGAAGACGAAGAUCCGAGACAGGUUGAAUUGGCACUGGAAGCCUGGUUCGGCACCUGCAACUUCAACUGUCCGUCCGUCUACGGCAACGCGUCCUGCGUUCCAGACGUGUUCAUGUGUGACGGAACCGCCGACUGUCUGGGCGAGGAGGAUGAGAAAAGCUGUGGAGUUGUCGAAGAGAGUUGCUUUACAUUUUCCUGCGGUUUUCCCGGCGACCCGACCCCUCUGUGUGUGCCGGAACACCUGAUCUGUGACGGCCACCCGGACUGUCUGACAGGGGAGGACGAGCAGGGGUGUGGCCCCGCGGCCGCGGGGAUGGUCGAGAAAAUCGGUCAGGAAACUGAUGAGGAAGCAACGGUCAACGUGGAGACCGAGGAAGGACCGACUGUCGGUCAAGAAGCAGUCGCAGAACCGAGCAGUGGCCGCGGUCCGUCUGAUGGACAGCCAGGAUUCCAUGCAGGGAGUGGUGGGGCCUUCAACCGAGCCUCGUUUUGGAUGACAGCUGCUGCCAUGGGCCUUCAAAUCUUCUACCGUUAAAUAACUGUUUACGCACAGAUGAUUGUGUUGCUCUUGCAAAACGAUUUUGUGACUGACAUAUCCUAAGAUAUAGAUAAACGUACUUCUGGUAUUGAGUUUCUUAAAAUCUGUCGUAUUUAGACACAGGAAUGUAAGUAACUUAUAUUGUGAGAUGUCAUAUCCAAGUAUUUCAUUACCAAAAAGAAUUCAGUUUUAAUUUUCUUUAGACAAAAUGGAAAAAACCUUUGGCCAGGGGAUACAAUGUGGUAUCUUCCUGUUUCUAUAUUCAAUUAAUGGCUAUACUACUGAUUCUAAUUGCGUUAUAUACUAGUAUAUCACUUUUAGCCAUAAUAACAAUAGUAUCAAUAAUUUUGAUGCAUGUUC